GCCCGCCGCGGCGUGCCCCGGGCGGCCCGGCCCGGCGUGGCGGCCCCGAUGGCGGCGGCCCCGCCGGUCUACGUGUACAGCCCGGAGUACGUGGCCCUCUGCGACUCCCUCUGCAAAGUGCCCAAACGGGCCAGUAUGGUACAUUCGUUGAUUGAAGCAUAUUCCUUACUUGACCAGAUGAAGGUAGUCAAGCCAAAAGUGGCCUCCAUGGAGGAGAUGGCGAGCUUCCAUACAGAUGCCUACCUGCAGCACCUGCAGAAGGUCAGUGAGGAGGGAGAUGAUGACCAUCCAGAGUCUGUGGAGUAUGGACUGGGUUACGACUGUCCAGCUACUGAAGGGAUCUUUGAGUACGCGGCAGCUGUGGGAGGAGCCACCAUCACUGCAGCCCAGUGCCUGCUGGAUGGCAAGUGCAAGGUAGCGAUUAACUGGCCUGGAGGGUGGCAUCAUGCAAAGAAAGAUGAAGCUUCUGGUUUCUGUUACCUGAAUGACGCUGUCUUGGGGAUCCUGCGGCUACGCCAGAAAUUUGACCGUGUCCUUUAUAUCGAUUUGGAUUUGCAUCAUGGGGAUGGAGUUGAAGAUGCCUUUAGUUUCACGUCAAAAGUCAUGACUGUUUCUCUGCACAAGUUUUCGCCAGGAUUUUUCCCAGGCACAGGUGAUGUGACAGAUGUUGGCCUGGGGAAAGGCCGCUAUUACAGUGUGAAUGUACCUAUUCAAGAUGGCAUUCAGGAUGAGAAGUAUUACCAGAUCUGUGAAACUGUGCUGAAGGAGGUGUACGCCGCCUUCAACCCAGAUGCGGUUGUGCUGCAGCUUGGGGCAGACACCAUUGCCGGAGAUCCCAUGUGCUCUUUCAACAUGACGCCUGAGGGAGUGGGCAAGUGUCUGAAGUACGUCCUGCAGUGGCAGCUAGCAACUCUCAUCCUGGGAGGAGGAGGCUACAACCUUGCCAACACAGCUCGCUGCUGGACAUACUUGACUGGGGUCAUCCUUGGGAGAACACUGUCCUCCGAGAUCCCCGAUCACGAGAAUGAUGAAGGUGGAGGGAGCACAGCAUGCUCGCAUGCAGUGGGAGCAAGGUGGCUCACCAGGCAGAGCAGUGGGCUCUCAGACCCAGCCUUCUGGCUGCUGCUGCCUCCUGGAGGCUAUUUUCUGGGGAGGAGGGGUCAAAGAGACAAGCUGUGGCCCUGCUAAGAUACCACAAACUGAACACAGCUGCGUUCCUGAACUGCUCCUGCCCCUUCUUCCAGGGGUCUCCAGGAGGAUUAGAAGCAGGAGAAGCAGCAUCUGAGCCCUGUCAAGGGAACAAAAAGCACUUUGUACCUGCUGAACAACCUCUGCUUUGCUCCCCACCCCACCAACUGCCACUGCUGCUCCCAGCAGUGGGCAAACAGGAAGCCAGGCCUUUUUGGGGGAAUGGCAGGGGCUUGGGGCAGGGAAUGGGACAAUUUGCAUUGUGAGUGGGGUGUGGGUGUGUGUGCAGAGCUGAAGAGAAUUGGGAAGUGGAGUUGGACCCUCUGUAGCAAAAGCUGUUUCCCCUUCCCAGCCCACAACAGCUUUCUUCCCAAACUGUGCAUCUGAGACGUGCUGCAAGAAACAGUUGUGUCAUGGUUAUGCCCACUGCAAGUGGUUUUUUUUUCUCCCCUGGCCUGGACACAGAACUUUGCUCGCUUGACUUGUUGCAAUGAUCUUAAAUAGCAUGGGAAUGUACAGUCUGGAGGAUGGUACCUCCUUCAUCAUCUCAGGAGAGCAGUGUUGUCCAGGAAGCUGUCAGUCUGUCUGCCUAACUCCUCUCCUCUCUGCUGCAGAUAGCAGAUGCGGGGGGAUGAGUAUAAAGAAUAGUGCAAACACAGAGUUUCUCUGGAUGCUGUUCCAGUUUUCUGGAUGUCCAGAAGUGAUGUAUGGCCAAGAAGUAUUCUGCUAUCUCUCUAUUUGCCCGUUGGUAAGAUGUAAGGCUCGGUUUGCAAGAGGAUUCAGCAUUAUUAUGGUACUUAGAUGUUUAAGCGGGUCCUGGGGGCAGCUCUGGGUGUUCAGCAGUUCUCCAGACCUGUCCUAGUCAAGUGAGACCCUGGGUAAAAAGAAAAGUGCAAGGCUAGCGACUGGCUGUGCACAGUGGGCUCUACGGGACUUGCUGAGUGCAUGCAGGAAAGGCGGUGGCUGCUUCUCCAGGUGGCACGUUUUGGGCCAUCUUUUUGGUUUCUGUAAUUCCUUGCUCUUCAUCCGGUACUUGACAGGAUUGAAUUGGCUGAGCCUCUGGUUCGGAGCGAGGCAGGGAUGCCUGGUUAUAUGCAAAGAUGUGAUCCAGUAUGCACCUUGCAUGGGGUAACACUAAAAGUAGGGGCUUUAAUCUUGUUCUUCAUUAAAAUCCUGCCUACCAUAAAUGAGGCAGGAGCAUUACAUCUGAGAGCCCACUCUGCCACCUCGGCUUGAAUUAUCUGGAAUAUUUUCAUCCACCUCAUGCAAUGAGGAUGACAGGUCCAGUGUCUGUAGCACCAAGGUUUCAGGUGAUGCAAAGGUCUGUACCCUUGUAACAGAUAGAAUUCACAUGUAUGCAGCAGUCUCCAUCUGCAUCAUCUGAGUUUUCGGUCUUCUGGAUACUCUUCAACAGUCGGGGAGUUGUGGGUAGGUUAUCCUUGCCCAUUGCCCCCAGCCUGUGUAUUACAGCGUGUAAGUCUUGCUGUGUACAGAAAAUGUUGUGGCAUUUCUCUGUGUAGAAGAUUGCUAAAAGAUACCUAUGAGGGGGUAUAUAGGGCUAGUAACAGGUACCAGGACUUUCAUUUUAAAAAAUAAAUUAAUUGGAAAAUUGCCUGGCUCAUGAAAACUGGACAUAUUAAAAAAGAAUUACUUUUAGAUAUCAAAACUCCCCUUUCAAAGAAAACUGGCACCCAGUGCAGUAACAUUCUCUUUUGUUUAUUCUUAAGGGCUUUAUCUGGUUUGAGAUAAUGGAAGCCGUUGGGCUUCCACCACUUCCUUUAGGAAAAUUCCCAUUUUCAAAAAGCUUUCUGUCACAGGAAAUGCUCAGAUUUUCUGGUUGGUUCCCUCAGGUUGGUUUUGUCCCAGUAUCCCCGGUGUCACCGGGCUGUUCUUACCUAACUCUCAGGGCUUAGACCUCCCAGCUGGAGACUCCAGUAGCUCCUCUUGCUGUGUAAAAACUUGGUUCUUCCCAUCUCUUCUUCCUUAGUAAAGCCUUUCGGACAACUUUUUGUUCUCAUUGGAAACUGCAUCUUUGGAUUUAUAGCUUAAGUCUUUUUCAUCCUUUGGAAUAAAAUGGGAAGCAGUGCAGAUGUGCAUCAAACCUGGAUGUGAUUUCUCCAGCUGAUUUGCACUUGGUUGCUUGACAGUGGUUUGGGUCAGUGCCUGAAUGUCUCUUAGUAAGAAAGUUGGGUUUGGGGCCGCUGUUACGCUGUCUCUGAGACAGACACAAAUGCAACAAUUUCUGGUUACUUGGUCCCAUGUUUUGCUGAGGCUGUCUGACAGAAUGGCUUUGUAAUAAGAUUACAGCAGCAAUAAACACCUUCUUUGACAUGAUUUCUGAAGACCACUCUGGCUUGGAGAGGAGAAAAAUUGUUUUCCAAGAGUGGAAAGCUCUGUUGGAGCUUAGCUACAGAAUCCCCUCUUAAUCCGGUCUAGGUUUGGGUACUUAACUAAAUGCAAGUUCCUUUUAACACAGCAACACUGCCAUGGGCAGGAGGCAGGAACCUUGCUGCAGUCGGGCAGCUGCAGGCAAUCUGCAGUGAAGCUGACAUCCUUCUUAUUGUUUGUCCUGUUUUCCAUGAGAUCAGAAGCCAUGGCAGAUCCCAAGCAGUUUUAGGCUUGUCUUCACUGUAGCUAAUGUUGUCUUUUAAUUUGGAUGCUGUCCCCGAUCUGGCUCCUCUCCGCACAGACCAAACUGCCUGAUCCUGCUCGUGUGGGCUUUCAGCUGAGGCUGCAGCCUGGUGGCUGCUUUACUCAAACCAAUAACUUCCUUGUGUCUGUGGUCCUCCAAGCUCUUGUCACUCAUGGAAAAAGAACAGUCAGCUGGAAAAAUUGCCAGCUGGAUCUGUGUACUCGUCAGUGGGAAAUUAAUAGCUGAAGCUAAUAAACCAGUGAAGCUGUGAAAAGGCCAGUCGUUGUGUUGGAUGCGAUGGUUUGAGCCUGGCACCAGGAGGGGCCAGCUGGGAAAAUGCUGUUACGUGCUGUCCUGGUUCCAGCGGGGAUAUGGUUAAUUUUUCCUGGUAUUCCAUGACAUGUGAGCCAUGCCCCCGGCUGGAAGUCACUGCUUGGAGCGGGGCAUCCCAGAUCGGGGCAGGGAGCGACGGGGAGCGGCGGUUCCAUAACCGUGUUUGUAUAUUCCUCUAUCCGUGUUAUUGUUGUUGUUUGCUUGUUCCCUUUGCUGUUCUGUUAAACUGCCUUUGUCUCAACCCAAGAGUCUUGCCUUUUUUCUUCCGAUUCUUCCCAUAUUGGGAAGGCCCGAGAGAGCGGCACGUGGCUCUUUGUUGCCAUCUGAGGCUAAACCAUGACACUUGCUCAUUGCAGAAGGCAUGCGCAGCCUGAGCGUAUGAGGGCCAGUGUGUGUCUUCUUCCCAGCUCUUGGCUUAGCAACUGCAAUCUCCACCUCUGUUAUGUCCCAGCCUUUGUGUGUGUUAAUCUAUGCCCGCAGAAUCUAUUCCCCUUGUCAUGGGAAUCCCAGUUGGUUGAUGAAACUCAUGGGAGAGUUGCAGCCAGGUACCUGCACAGCCCCCACAUUGGGGCUUCCUGUGGCUCAGCUAUUCGGCACAUUGCUCUGUCUUCUGGUGAGGGAUUUCAUGGGCUUUGGCAUGCACGAGAGCAGGAGUUUGAGAUCUACUAGCCUCUCAUCGUCGAGUGGAUGUGCAAGCCCUGUCUUAAGGCCAGCGUGGGACAGCUUGUACUGGAUAGCAUUGUGCUUCUCCCCCAGAGUGUUCAUCCAGGGAUGGGAACCUACUGCUUCUUAGGAGCGCUGAAACAAGUCUGAUUUCUGAGGAAAGCUGCAAGGUGCAUACAGGUACCAGUCUCUCCUGGAAGCCUGCUCCUGAACCCUGCCUUUGGGACACAGCACAGUCAGGAAUACCCAUGUCCAACAGUACAUGCACAUAGGUCCUUAGCAGAGGGAGAUGCUUCUGUAGUAAGGCAGCUAUAAGAAAUGCUUGUGCUUGAGGCCUGGGGAGAGGUCACGGUGGAGAGCGCAGUGAGAGUGCGCUGAUGCAACUCCCUGUGCGGAUGCUGGUGGGGAGAAAAAUCUCAGGCCUGGCUUUCUGAGACCUCUAUGCUCGUUAAGGGCAUAGAAACCUGUCUUCUUGUGCCACUGCUUGCCAGCCCCUUCACAAUGAAGAGAGGCAUAUGAGCAUGGCAGCACAUGGCCCCACAUGUUUAACGUCCAAGCGAGGAUGGUGGAGGUUUGGUUUGGGCCUCUUAACUUGGAGAUGCCAUGGGAGCGCUUGGCUGGGUGUUUGGUGGGUGGCUACAUGGAGAAGGCAAACUCCAUCAAGCAAUUCAGUGCCCAGGAUGCAGGUGUCCGCCUUCCCUCGAGGAUAUCUGCGUGUUCUGCAGUGCAUCUGGGGUCCUCCUCCUGCCCAACUGCAUUUCAGCUUGGAUGUGGGGGUGGCUGUAUAUCCUCUGGCUUCCUCUGAAGCAUGGAGAGGGGUAUGUCAAGACUUGGCUCUGUUUAAAAAAGCCACAGUGUGAACCAGGAAAGCCUUGUGUAAACAAAAGCAAGCUUCAUCCUGUUCUGCAUCCAUAAGAUGGGCUGUUGCCUGUGGAGGGCUUGGACAAAAUUAGGAUGAAGCUUCCAUUCUCCACCUUUGCCAAGGGAGGAGGCUCCCAGCCACCAGCAGAUUUGCUGAUGGAUGCAGGCAGGGUGUGCAGUUCAGUGCAGCGUUUACCAGCCGCCGCGGGCACAGAUCUGAGCGCACAUGCCGGCCCACUGAGCACUCCAUAACACAACUUGCUGCUCUUGCACUCGUGCGCUUCCUAUGAGGGAUCUGAGUCUGUUAAAGUCAAAUGGCUCUUUUCAAGCUGCCUAUGGAAGGGAUGAGCCAGCUUGGGAGUUGACAUCCAAAGUCAUCGAGGACCUUUUGCUGUCUGGCUUCUCUUAGUGGCUCUGCUUUACAACAAAGCGAUCUGGAAGACCAGUCUUUGCUGGUCACAGUUGUCAGAGCAGAAGACAGUAAGAUGGUUGAAGGCAAAUAUGGUUUUUGCAAGACAUGGUUUGGAAUAAUACUUGUACACCAUCGUUGAGAGCCAUAGCCCAUCUUUCUCUGACAUUUACUGAACUUAAAAUACACUUUCUAUCUUUUUUAGCGGGCUCGUCUUGCAAAGCAUGACAGAGAGCAGUCAGAUGCCAGGCAGUGCGUUGCCAUUGCCUUAUUUCAGAGUCAUGUGAUGGUCACACCUGGAUUUUUGACUUGACAAGUUAGUUUAAGCCUUGCAGACCUCACACUUCAGGAGAAGGAGUGUCCUUCUGUUCCCUUCUCUCACUCCAUGUGUCAUUGCAUUUAGAGCAGGCUUUUUUUUCCCCCCUUAGAAGGAACUAGUUGAAGGUAACGUAGUUCCUCACUUUGCUGCUAGUGCAAGUUCCAGGAUAGCACUUUGUGUGGCAGCCUGUUUCUCUGUGAUUAAGAAUGAGAUGUCCUCAUUUUGCAUUAGUCCUGCAGAGCUUGCUAACAGAAACUCCCAGAGCUACAGCUGUGACUGGUUUUGUGUAUUUUUCGAGUCCUUCUCGUCAGUAUAUUUCACCCUCCGUAAUCUUUCCACAAGAUGGCUCAGGCUGCCUGUGUUGUGCUGUUAGGGUGGGCCGGCGUAUUUAAGGUAAACUGGUGGAAGCAGAUUUGGCAGGGGGAAAAGUCAUGAAGAAAGAGAACUCGUUUGGAGGCUAGUGGGUAUGAAAUGUUUUACACAUCUAUGAGAUAAUCGGAAGGGAAACAACACGUGCUUUCUGUUUAUGUGUACAUAUGUAUUUGUGCGCACACAGAGCUCAUGUCUCUUUGUCAGAUUCCCAGGUUUUUUUCUACUGCUUCUGGCAAAGAACCGCUAAUGGUUUAAUAGCUUAUCGGUGCCUGUGCACAGAAAUAAAAGUUGGUACUUCCUGAUUUUGUGUUUUCUUUGCUUUAAAUAGGAAUUCCCAUUCUGAUUAACACGAAACCUGGAAACUCAGCUGUCAGAUCAGUCAGCUUUUUGAGAUCAGUGCAGAAUUCCUGACAGAGCAGCUUGACGGCAGUCCAGGCACCACUUUCCUGCUGUACAGCCCCAGGGCUCUGCUCACCUCCUGAAGGAAGCUCAUGAGAGUGGGUGCCCUGGGACAGAUCACUGAUGAACCACCUUGCUGUGAAGUGGCUAGGUUGUGCUGCUCUCAAUAUAUUUCAGCCAGGUUUGGCAUGUUUUUUCAGUGGUGACAGGCCAAAUUCUACCCAGUUACAUUCAGCACUUCUCUUCCAGCAUUGAGAGGUUUGGGGAUGUUCUUUACAGCUCCAGGUCUCGGAAUCAAGUUUCUAUGAAAGAAAGUCAGUAGUCAGAAACGUGGAGGUCUUUUGGUGGUUCUUUUUUUGUUCAUGAGUUUGUAGAGAAGGGCUUGAAAACAAGACGGCUGUGGUCUUGAGAUUCAGAAAGCACUUGACUAAGCAACAGUGUAAUGGUGUUUAAAUACUCUUAGUAUGUCUAGAAGGACCAGCAUAGAAUUUCUUUGAACAUCUAGUGCUGAUGGUGCAGGGGGUCAUGGUCCCUCUGCAGCAGUGUUCACCAAUUAACUGUACUAAAAAUGAGGGGCAAAAUUUAGACUUCUAUAAGAUGCCUAAUUUUUUGCUAUUGGCAUAGUACUUAUCAGAUUUGGCAUUAUUCAGUAGAAAAUAUCCUUCCCUUUUAAGAACAUUAUUGUUUUAGCCUUUUUUUCUUUCAAUUUCUCUUCACAUUUUCCUUUCUCUGUUUCUCAUCCUUUUUCCUGGCCUCUAUGCCUACUAUUUUCUUCCUCCAACAUU